GAGCGGCAGAGGCGCGAGGCGGCUUCACACACGGCACAGGCGGCGGAGACGCGUCCGGUGACACAACAGCCUCUGAGGUCUCUUGCUAUAAGACACCAUGGCUCAAAGAGAUGCAGAAAGCUAUCUCUAUGUGGAUAGGAAUAUUAUCAAUAACCCACUGGCACAGGCCGACUGGGCAGCAAAGAAGCUUGUGUGGGUGCCUUCAGAGCGCAGUGGGUUUGAGGCUGCCAGCGUCAAGGAGGAGCAUGGUGAGGAGGCUGUGGUGGAAUUGAUGGAAAAUGGCAAGAAAAUCAAGGUCAACAAGGAUGACAUCCAGAAGAUGAACCCACCGAAGUUCUCCAAGGUGGAAGACAUGGCAGAGCUGACAUGCCUGAACGAGGCUUCUGUGUUGCACAAUCUGAAGGAGCGUUACUACUCAGGGCUAAUCUACACCUACUCGGGCCUUUUCUGUGUGGUCAUCAAUCCCUACAAGAACCUGCCCAUUUACUCUGAGGAGAUUGUCGAGAUGUACAAAGGAAAGAAGAGGCAUGAGAUGCCGCCCCACAUCUAUGCCAUCACAGACACCGCUUACAGAAGCAUGUUGCAAGAUCGCGAGGACCAGUCAAUCCUGUGCACAGGAGAGUCUGGUGCUGGUAAGACAGAAAACACCAAGAAAGUGAUUCAAUAUUUAGCUCACGUCGCCUCCUCACACAAGUCUAGAAAGGAACAGCAUUCUUCGGUGUUAGCAUACGGAGAGCUUGAGAGGCAACUGCUCCAAGCCAACCCUAUCCUGGAAGCCUUCGGCAAUGCAAAAACUGUGAAAAACGACAACUCGUCCCGAUUUGGUAAAUUCAUUCGAAUCAACUUCGAUGUGAACGGCUACAUUGUUGGAGCCAAUAUUGAAACCUAUUUGUUGGAAAAAUCUCGUGCCAUACGACAAGCCAAAGAUGAACGCACCUUCCACAUUUUUUACUAUCUGCUUUCUGGCGCUGGAGAGCACUUGAAGACUGAACUGCUGUUGGAAGGUUACAAUAACUACCGAUUUCUCUGCAAUGGCAAUGUUACCAUUCCUGGGCAACAGGACAAGGAUAUGUUUCAGGAGACGAUGGAAGCAUUCAGGAUCAUGGGAAUCCAGGAUGAUGAGCAACUUGCCAUGCUCAAGGUCGUCUCCUGUGUCCUCCAAUUUGGCAACAUUAGCUUCAAAAAGGAGCGCAACACAGACCAGGCCUCCAUGCCUGAUAACACAGCUGCCCAGAAGGUCUGCCAUCUGCUGGGGAUAAAUGUGACUGAUUUCAGCAGAGCAAUCCUCACUCCGCGAAUCAAAGUCGGACGGGACUACGUUCAGAAAGCUCAAACCAAAGAACAGGCUGACUUUGCCGUUGAGGCUUUGGCCAAAGCCACUUACGAGCGUCUCUUCCGCUGGCUGGUUUUUCGCAUCAACAAAGCUCUGGACAGAACCAAGCGUCAGGGCGCCUCCUUCGUGGGUAUUCUGGAUAUCGCCGGCUUUGAGAUCUUUGAGCUGAACUCCUUCGAGCAGCUGUGCAUCAACUACACCAAUGAGAAGCUGCAGCAGCUGUUCAACCACACCAUGUUCAUCCUGGAGCAGGAGGAGUACCAGCGUGAGGGCAUCGAGUGGAACUUCAUUGACUUUGGCCUUGACUUGCAACCUUGCAUUGACCUCAUCGAAAAGCCGGCCAGUCCUCCUGGUAUCCUGGCUCUGCUGGACGAGGAGUGCUGGUUUCCUAAAGCCACUGACAAGAGCUUUGUUGAAAAAGUGCUGCAAGAGCUGGGAAACCACCCCAAGUUCCAGAAACCCAAGCAGCUCAAGGACAAAGCGGACCUGUCCAUCUUUCACUACGCUGGCAAGGUGGACUACAAAGCUUCCGCAUGGCUUAUGAAGAACAUGGACCCCCUGAAUGAUAACAUUGCCACCUUACUGCACCAGUCCACUGAUAAGUUUGUGGCUGAACUCUGGAGGGACGUGGACCACAUUGUCGGCCUGGACCAGGUGACAGAGAUGGCCCAGAGAGCUAUCCCUGGAGCGUUCAAGACCAGGAAAGGCAUGUUCCGCACUGUGGGGCAGCUGUACAAGGAGCAGCUGUCCAAACUAAUGACUACACUGAGGAACACCAAUCCCAACUUUGUGCGCUGCAUUAUCCCAAACCACGAGAAGAAGUCUGGAAAGCUGGAAGCUCACCUUGUUCUAGACCAGCUGCGAUGUAAUGGUGUCCUUGAGGGAAUCCGUAUCUGCAGACAGGGAUUUCCCAACAGGAUCGUCUUUCAGGAAUUCCGUCAAAGAUAUGAAAUCCUUACUCCCAAUGCAAUUCCAAAAGGCUUUAUGGAUGGGAAGCAAGCUUGUGUGCUUAUGAUCAGAGCCCUGGAGUUGGAUCCGAACCUGUACCGCAUCGGACAGAGUAAAGUCUUCUUUCGCGCCGGAGUCCUCGCUCAUCUUGAGGAGGAGAGAGACUUGAAGAUCACAGACGUCAUCAUUCAGUUUCAAGCCUUGUGCAGAGGCUAUCUGGCCAGAAAGGCAUUUGCCAAGCGACAGCAGCAACUGACUGCCAUGAAGGUGAUCCAGAGGAACUGUGCUGCCUACCUCAAACUGCGCAAUUGGCAAUGGUGGAGACUGUUCACUAAGGUGAAACCACUGCUGCAAGUGAGCCGACAAGAGGAGGAAAUGAUGGCCAAAGAGGACGAGCUGACCAAAACCAAGGAGAGGCAAAUGCAGACGGAGCAGAAACUGGUGGAGAUGGAGGACAAGCAGUCUCAGUUGAUGGUGGAGAAAUGUGCGCUGCAGGAGCAGCUGCAGGCGGAGACAGAGUUGUGCGCUGAGGCCGAGGAGAUGCGCUCGCGCCUGGCAGCCAAGAAGCAGGAGCUGGAGGAGAUCCUGCACGACCUGGAAGCCCGGGUGGAGGAGGAGGAGGAACGCUGCCAGCAUCUACAGACAGACAAGAAGAAAAUGCACCAAAACAUUCAGGAACUGGAGGAGCAGCUGGAGGAAGAGGAGGCAGCUCGGCAGAAACUACAGCUGGAAAAGGUGACAGCUGAGGCCAAGCUGAAGAAGACAGAAGACGAUAUCUUGGUCAUGGAAGACCAUAACACCAAGCUAUCCAAGGAAAAGAAGCUGAUGGAAGACAGAAUUGCUGAGUUCACAACCAACCUGGCAGAAGAGGAAGAGAAGUCCAAAAGCCUGGCCAAGCUCAAGGCCAAGCACGAAACCAUGAUUACAGACUUAGAAGACCGUCUGAGACGGGAGGAGAAGCAGCGACAAGAGCUGGAGAAGACUCGGCGCAAGCUGGAGGGUGACUCAACAGAUCUGCACGAUCAGAUCACAGAGCUGCAGCAGCAGAUUGCGGAGCUCAAAGUUCAGCUGGCAAAGAAAGAGGAGGAACUGCAGGCAGCCCUGGCCAGAAUAGACGAGGAAUCCUCACAUAAAAACAGUGCCCUGAAGAAGAUCCGGGAGCUGGAGUCUCACAUCAGCGAGCUCCAGGAGGACCUGGACUCAGAGAAAGCUUCUCGCAACAAGGCUGAGAAACAGAAACGAGAUCUUGGGGAGGAGCUGGAAGCGUUGAAGACUGAGCUGGAGGAUACCCUGGACUCCACAGCUGCUCAGCAAGAGCUCAGAGCGAAACGCGAGCAGGAGGUGAGUCACAUGAAGAAAGCUCUGGAUGAGGAGGCCAAGACCCAUGAGGUGCAGAUCCAGGAAAUGCGGCAGAAACACUCUCAGAUGGUGGAGGAGCUUUCUGAGCAGUUGGAGCAGUCCAGGAGGAUUAAAGCCAACCUGGAAAAGGCCAAACAGACGCUGGAGAGUGAACGGAACGAGCUGGCCGGAGAGGUGAAGAGUCUGAUACAGAGCAAAGGGGAAUCCGAGCACAAGCGCAAGAAGGUGGACUCUCAGUUUCAGGAGGUGCAGCUGAAAUUCACUGAGGGAGAGCGCACCAGAUCCGAGCUCGCCGAGAAGGUGGUCAAGCUUCAGGCUGAGUUGGACUCUGUGGGCGGGCUUCUGAACCACGCCGAGAGCAAGUCCAUUAAAAUAACCAAGGACCACUCCGUGCUGGAGUCCCAGCUGCAGGAUACCCAGGAGCUGCUUCAGGAGGAAACUCGGCAGAAGCUGGCUUUGAGCACCAAGCUGAGGCACAUGGAGGAGGAGAUGAACACCCUGCGGGAGCAGUUGGAGGAGGAGGAGGAAACCAAGAGAAACCUGGGCAAGCAGGUCCAGGGCAUGCAGACCCAGCUGACCGACACCAAGAAGCGGAUGGACGAUGGGUUUGGCUCCCUGGAGCACUCAGAGGAGGUGAAGAAGAAACUGCAGAAAGACCUGGAGAGCUUGUGCCAGCGUCACGAGGAGAAGGUCGCGGCCUAUGACAAGCUGGAGAAGACCAAGACCCGGCUCCAGCAGGAGCUGGACGACCUGAUUGUCGACCUCGACCACCAAACCCAGAUCGUCUCCAGCCUGGAGAAGAAGCAGAAGAAGUUUGACCAGAUGCUGGCUGAGGAAAAGAGCAUCUCAGCUAAAUACGCAGAGGAGCGUGACCGGGCUGAGGCCGAGGCCCGAGAGAAGGAGACCAAGUCCUUGGCGCUGGCCCGGGCCCUGGAGGUAGCCAUCGAGCAGAAGGAGGAGCUGGAGAGGCUGAACAAGCAGCUCCGCGCCGAGAUGGAGGAUCUCGUCAGUUCCAAGGACGAUGUUGGAAAGAGUGUGCACGAGCUGGAGAAGUCUAAGCGAGCCCUGGACCAGCAGGUGGAGGAGAUGAAGACCCAGCUGGAGGAACUGGAAGACGAGCUCCAGGCCACGGAGGACGCCAAACUGCGUCUAGAGGUUAACCUGCAGGCCAUGAAGGCCCAGUUUGAUCGGGACCUGCUCGGCAAGGACGAGCAGAGCGAGGAGAAGAGAAGGCAGCUAGUUAAACAGGUGCGGGAGAUGGAGGCUGAACUGGAGGAUGAGAGGAAACACCGCUCUGUGGCUGUAGCUGCCAAGAAGAAGCUCGAGCUGGAUCUCAAGGACUUGGAAGGACAAAUUGAGGGGGCGAACAAAGGGCGAGAGGAGGCUAUCAAACAGCUCCGCAAACUGCAGGCUCAGUUGAAGGAUUACCAGCGGGAGCUGAGUGACACCCGCAGCUCCCGGGAGGACAUCCUGGCCCAGUCCAAGGAGAAUGAGAAGAAGCUCAAGUCUCUCGAGGCUGAGAUGAUCCAGAUGCAGGAGGAGCUGGCUGCCGCAGAGCGGGCCAAGCGCCAAGCCCAGCAGGAGAGAGACGAGCUGGCUGAGGAGAUCGCCAGCAGCAGCUCUGGAAAAUCCCUGGCCCUGGAUGAGAAGCGCCGGCUGGAAAGCAGGAUUGCUCAGCUGGAGGAGGAGGUGGAGGAGGAGCAGACCAACAGCGAGAUGGCCAAUGAUCGCCUCAGAAAAUCUAAUCUGCAGGUUGACCAGCUGACUGCUGACCUGACCGCUGAGCGCAGCAAUGCUCAGAAAGCUGAGAACGCUCGUCAGCAGCUCGAUCGCCAGAACAAGGAGCUGAAGCUCAAGCUGCAGGAGGCCGACAACUCCAUCAAGUCCAGGUACAAGGCCUCCAUCUCCGCCCUGGAGGCCAAGGAUAACCAUGGAAUGGUGGGCUUUUUCCGUGGUGCGGUGCCGCGGUCUUUACGCCGGACGCUGAUGGCCGCCCUGGCCUGGACCGUGUAUGAGCAGAUGAUGACCAAACUGGGGCUGAAGUCUUGA